CCGGGAUCCUCUGCUGUUUCGUCAUCAGGGCCAUGUUGUUCCCUGGAUAACUCCAUUGAUCUUGGGAAAAAGGAAAAAAUAAGGAGCCAGACUGGAGGCGCGCUCUCACUCUCAUGAAACAUGAAACGGUCUGCCCGAGGUCGAUCACAGGAGGAAAAUCCUGAAAAUGACCUGCACAAAUUAAAGCUACAAUUUCGUCAAGCUGUAAAGGACAAACAGGCAUACGAUGACAAAAUUCAAAGCCUCCUUCUGAAAGACAGCAGAGAGAUCCAGAGGCUCCAGACUGAACAUGAUGAACUUUUACACAUCCUCACCAUCGCUCAGAGUAGUUCUAACCAAAAGAAAGAAGUCAACGCUGUGCAAGAUCUCGAUACCCUUUUGUCCAGCGAGGAGACGAUAGAGGAGGAGCUACUAGCAAACAAAACCAAACUGGUGUCUUUUAAAAAGCAGAUUUUGGAAUGGGAGAGGAAGUUGGUCGCACAGAGAGGGGGGACCGCGCCGCAUAAUACGAAAUGUGAAGACACUUCCAUAAAAGAUAUCUUGUCGAAAGAGGACAAACUGUACAAGGGUCACAUAUGCUUCAAUGAGCUGAUGAUUAGGAACGGGCAGUUAAAGAAGGAACUAGAUAUUCUGGAGAUGGAAAAGAACGAGUUCCUGCAAAUACAGCUUCAACUGAAAAAGGAGUUGCAAGCCAUCCGCAAGGAAAUUUCGGACUUGAGCGCUAUGUGUACGAAAGCCAACAAUGCCAGCGUUGCAAUCCAGAUCAAGCAGAAGAAGCUGAAGGAGCAAAAGGCUCAGUUCGAAGCUCAGUACACUCAAACGACAACCAACCUGGAGCAUGAAAUCGCCACGCACUGCAACCUUGAGGCGAUGGUCAACGUCAAGAAUGCCGGCGACGAAGGCUCCGACCGCGAGAAAGCGGAUCUUCUGGAUCAGCUACAGAAGUUGGCACAUCUGGAAGAUACCAUCAGGAAAAUCCUGAUUGAGACGGGAGAGAAUGACCUUGACACACUGGUGGAAAACUUCUUAGGAAUGGAGGAGGAGAACUAUUCGUUACUGAGCUUUGUCAACUAUCAGCACUGGGAAGUGGAGGACAUGAAACAGCAGAUCGCUCAGCUUUACAAGGAGAGUGAGCUCUUUGUUGCUGAGCAGAAACAGCAGGCUCAGGAUCGCCAAGCUCUCCAGGCGGCCAUUACCACUAAGCAAGAGACUACUGAGGAGCAGCUAAGCGGCUACGAAAAGCGAAUUGACUUCCUGGAAAAUAUUGUCAACAGCCUUAAAAAAGGCGUGCAAACGUUACUUGACAUCAGUUAUCAAAGUAUGGACAUGUCUAGCACGUUGAGCUCUUGUGACAGAGCCCUGGAUGAGCACAUGACGGCCUGCUUGAAGCUGGUGGAGGAAAAAGUCAACGGCCUCCUAAAUCUGCAGUCCAUCAUUGUCUUCCAGGAGAGCUUAACACAGUGUGACCUCGCUAGCGAUGGCUUUGGUUCCAUAGCGGAUCAAUUUCGAGGGAAGGGGAACACGCCUGCAGUCAACCUGUCCACCGCAGCUUCAACCCCGCCACCCGAUGAGGACAAACCCCGGAAAGGUAGUCGUUCGGCAAGCAAGGGAGCAAAUGAGAGGAUGGGUUCCCACAGCAGCCCAUAAGUGGAGUCGGAGAGAAACAAGACACGAGGACCAGGGGUCUGUGUUGUGCAUAGAUCAUGCACUAACAACGAGCUGCUCUGCAUUAGCCAGUCAUAC